AUGCCUCUCGAGUCAAGUUUUACCUCGCAUAGAAGGUCUCUUAAAGUAUUGGAGGAAUUGGCAUCUCUGCGAGUCAAAAAGGAUAAUGCGCCCCAUGAACCUCGCCCAGAUUCUGGCCGAGGCGAUGGCCAACCUGUGCCUCAAUCAAUUCGUCCCGACUCAACUCAGUCAAUUACGAAUGUGGGCACUCGGAUUCAGAAUGGUUCAGUACAAGACAACCCACCCAUGCCCUGGCUCAGCCGCCUGGUAUCCUGUCGUGAACAAGCUAGGUUGAUCUUCCAGGCUCAACAAGAAAUAUACGACCUCCUCCAACCCCGCGAGGCAAAAAUCAAACGAAUUAUGAAAGGGUUGGAGACUCAGAUGGCCAUAUGCGUGGUACAACAACACGAACUCACGAAAAAGAUUGAUGUACUAGAAAGAGAGCGGCAAGAGCCUGUUGAUGUCCACCCGUUGCUUGACCAAGCCUUGAAAAAGCUUUCCAAUGCACUGGCGGAGCUCCGGGACAUUACUAGCGCCAUCCGAACAUUAAUCGAUACUCCUCAACAUCCAAAAGUGCUCAUUAAAAAGCUCAACGCCCUUGAGUUCCCUAUUGGCGACAGGGGCACGAAACUCUGCCGACUCAGUCUUCGGGAUCGUAUUGAACGAAUAACACGAACCUUGAUGUCCUUCAAGGAACUGCGUGAACGUCUUUCAACCAUUCUUGAGAUGCAUCAACGGGAACCAUUGACACCGGCCGAGAAACAGAUGCUAUCUCGGCUCGGACUCUGUCAGAAGACCACAAUCUAUCUUUGCCGACAGCUUUCUCAAGUCUGUCCCGAGCACGACGAGCAUGAGGUGUAUUUCAACCUCAAUGUACACGAAGACUUGCAACAGAAAUCCCCAGCCUUUGGUUUUCAUCUAGCGUUCAAGGCUAUGCAUCAACGUGAGAACAGCACAAAUCUCAUAUGGUUUCGAGCAACAUCUACGUCAAGGCAGUUUGAAAUUGAUGAGUUAAACAAACUACGCCGUCCAGCUCGGGAGCAUGUUGGUUCAAGACCGCGUGGCGUUUCUAAAAGGACGGCCGCCAGGCUGACGACACAAACUACGCAUUCAAGGCCGAGACCGACACAACGAAAGCAGACAAUUAGCCCCUGCUUGCCGUCUAGAUCUGGGCUCUGUCUGAGUAAUUAUGGCCAAAGAAUUGGUGGCUGGGCUGCAGAUCUUGAUGACCUACCGGAAAUGCUGGAUCCGAAGACCGGCACUCUCAACCAGAACCGAUUGGAUUUUCCAGACAAACCGCCACGUGAAGAGAUUCAUCCUGUACCUCUAUCACAGUGGGUAAACGACAAUUCUCAUGAAACCAUGCCAGAUCUGGCUGUCAAUCUGAUGAGGGUUAAAGUCGCACGCUUGCUAUGUGAAGCUGUGCUCAGAUUUACACCUGAGGUCUGGCCCAAGAUCCCCUUUAGCAGCGAGAGCAUUAUGAUACUAAACAGCAUCAAUUGCGAGAUCUGGGAUCCUCACUUCACGGUGAAGCUUGCUGGUCGGUCUGGACCCGAACAACUUUUCCCAGCUGCUGGAGGAACGUCUAAUCGAGAGAUACUCCACGGCCUUGGAAUCACCCUUCUUGAGCUAGCACAUCGUAAGCACGUGCCUGGGCUGAGGACAAAUGGCGCCGGGGAGAUAGACCGGCGACACAGCAGCUACGCGCAAGUGAGGAAGUUGCGCAAUGCGACUCUCAAUAGCAUACUGAGUGGGACGCAUUUUCGGAGAGCAGUGGAUUACUGUAUGGAUUCCUCAAGCCUCCGCAAAGACUUAGACGACUUGGAGCUAUGGGAAGGGUUCUAUCAGGCUGUUGUUGUCAGCUUGGAGAAGACGGAAGAGAGCAUAAGCCUAUCGCUUGAUGAUCAACGAGAAUUUGAAGGAGACGAUUGGGGGUCUGGGAGUUGA